AUGUCGAAGCCUAACGCUAUUGGAAUUGAUUUGGGCACCACAUAUUCGUGUGUUGGUGUUUUUAUGCAUGGCAAGGUUGAAAUUAUUGCAAAUGACCAGGGUAACCGUACAACGCCAUCUUACGUUGCAUUCACGGACACUGAACGACUUAUUGGAGAUGCAGCUAAAAAUCAGGUGGCAAUGAAUCCACAGAAUACGGUUUUCGAUUGUAAACGUCUUAUUGGUCGACGAUUUGAUGACAGUGCGGUUCAGUCCGACAUGAAACAUUGGCCCUUUAAAGUUGUCAGUGCCGAAGGAGGCAAACCAAAACUACAAGUAGAAUACCGUGGUGAAACAAAAACCUUUACUCCAGAAGAAAUUUCUUCGAUGGUUUUGGGAAAAAUGAAAGAGACUGCGGAAGCAUUCCUUGGCUCGUCAGUUAAGGACGCUGUUGUUACUGUGCCAGCAUAUUUCAAUGACUCACAGCGUCAGGCUACAAAAGAUGCAGGUGCAAUUGCAGGAUUAAACGUUCUUCGAAUCAUCAAUGAACCUACAGCUGCAGCUAUUGCGUAUGGGCUGGAUAAAAAGGGAAGUGGAGAGCGUAACGUGCUUAUCUUCGAUUUAGGUGGAGGAACUUUUGAUGUUUCAAUUCUUACUAUCGAAGAUGGGAUAUUUGAGGUAAAAUCGACGGCAGGUGACACACAUCUUGGAGGUGAGGACUUUGACAACAGGAUGGUGAACCAUUUCGUCAGCGAAUUCAAGCGCAAACACAAGAAGGAUUUAUCGACUAACCCGAGGGCUCUACGGCGUUUGCGCACCGCUUGUGAAAGGGCGAAGCGCACUCUCUCUAGCUCUUCUCAAGCCAGCAUUGAAAUAGAUUCUCUGUUCGAGGGUAUUGACUUCUACACCAACAUCACUCGUGCUCGUUUUGAAGAAUUAAAUGCUGAUUUGUUCCGUUCCACAAUGGACCCAGUGGAAAAGGCUCUUCGCGAUGCAAAAAUGGACAAGUCUCAGAUGCAUGACAUUGUUCUUGUUGGUGGUUCCACCCGUAUUCCGAAAGUUCAGAAAUUGCUAUCGGACUUCUUCUCAGGCAAAGAACUGAAUAAGAGCAUUAAUCCGGAUGAAGCUGUAGCAUACGGUGCAGCCGUCCAAGCAGCUAUUCUUUCGGGUGACAAGUCCGAAGCUGUGCAAGACCUGCUUUUAUUGGAUGUUGCUCCUCUUUCCUUAGGUAUUGAGACCGCCGGUGGAGUGAUGACAGCUCUCAUUAAGAGGAAUACGACUAUCCCGACAAAAACUUCUCAAACAUUCACAACUUAUUCUGACAACCAGCCAGGUGUAUUGAUUCAGGUAUAUGAAGGUGAGCGUACUAUGACGAAGGACAAUAACCUGUUGGGCAAGUUUGAGUUGUCGGGUAUCCCGCCUGCUCCGCGCGGUGUGCCUCAAAUUGAAGUCACCUUUGAUAUUGAUGCGAAUGGCAUUUUGAAUGUCUCGGCACAAGACAAGUCAACAGGCAAACAUAACAAAAUCACCAUUACAAAUGAUAAGGGUCGGCUGUCAAAGGAUGAUAUUGAAAAAAUGGUUCAAGAAGCCGAGAAGUACAAGGCCGAUGAUGAAGCACAGAGAGAACGAGUGGCUGCAAAGAACAGUCUCGAAGCAUACGCGUUCAAUAUGAAGCAAACUAUUGAUGAUGAAAAGAUAAAAGGUAAAAUAUCUGCUGACGACCGGAAGAAGAUCGAAACUAAGUGUGACGAGGUCAUUAAGUGGUUGGACCAUAAUCAGACUGCUGAGAAGGAUGAGUUUGAACACCAACAAAAGGAAUUGGAGUCAGUUUGUACUCCAAUUAUAACGAAACUAUACCAGGGCGCUGGAGGCGGACCAGGAGGAAUGGGAGGAGGCUUUCCUGGAGCUGGCUCAGGGGCGAGUUCACAAGGGGCCGGCGGCCCGACCAUCGAGGAAGUGGACUAA